CGGCGCUCUGAUUGGUCCGCAGGUCCUGGCGCCAAAGCCUCAAACAGGAAGUGAAACGAGCACAACAGAGGACGCUGCGGGUUCGAGUCCGGUGGAUUUGCUCAGCUUGUUUCUCCCGAACCCAGAUGGACGCUCAGCCGUAUUUCCCGGUCCAGGCCGGGGUCGGGAUGGAGGAGAACUUCUUGUCCCUGGACGACAUCCUGCUGUCUCACGAGAGACUUCCGGUCCGGAUCGAGUGCGCCUUCCCCCGGCUCGGCUUCCUGGAGAAGUCCAGCGACUCGCAGGACAUCGCGGAGGGUACAAAGAUGGAGCUUCCUCUGUGGUUGUCCAAGGGUCUGUAUGAGAAGAAGAGGAGGGUGCUGUCUGUGGAGCUGCCGAAGGUUUACAGGGAGGGCUGGAGGACCGUGUUCAACGCUGACCCCAACGUGGUGGACCUGCACAAGAGGGGGCCCUACUACUACAGCCUGGGAUCCCAGAUGCUGCACUUUGAAAGUCCGGAGAACCCAGAUAUUGCACAGACGCUGCUGCAGACGUUCAUCGGUCGGUUCCGGCGGACCAUGGACUCUUCCCAGAACGCCUACAACGAGGACACGUCCGCUCUGGUGGAGCGUCUGGACUCUCUGGAGAAAGGUCUGUUCAAGUCCGGGCAGAGCGGACUCAACGGAUUCCAGAGCUGGGAGAAGGGUCAGGCCGGACAGCUCACCGCCUCCAGCCUGGUUCUCAACUACCGCAAGAGGAAGAUGGCCGAUGGCCAACACUGACCUCUGACCCCCGACCUGCAAACCUCUGACCCCCGACCUGCAAACUCUCGUCAGUACUUCAGUCAGUACUUCAGUCAGUACUUUGGAGCACGACAGCAACAGGAUACUGUGAGUUUUCUCUGCCCGAGGACGACGACAUGGACCCGUAAACAUCGAAGGGAGUGUUUCAUUAACCAGGAUCCUAAAUACGAUCUGACCCUGUGAGUUGACUUCCGUGUUAAAUGUUAACAACUGUACAGAACCUACUUCUUCAAGACUCUUUAUUCUUAAAAUGUUCAAAAACAAAAA